CAAAAGAACAAAAAACUUGAAGUUUACUCAUCUCCAUCUUCAUCUUCAAACUUCCUACAAACAAUCUCAAACAAUAUGUCAAUAACCCAUCACAGAUCUUCACUCUCACUUCCUGCCCUCUCCUCUAAAACAAAAAUGACAUUUUUCUCCUCUCCUCGUCUUCUUCUUCUAAUCGCACAGAUCCUCACAUCAUUCCUCUCUCUCAAAGCCGCCCAAUUCUGCCGGACCUCCUGCGGCAACAUCUCAAUCCAUUACCCCUUCGGCAUAGACGACGGCUGCGGCAGCCUCUACUACCGCAACCUUCUUUUCUGCACAGCCUCCGACCAACUCCACCUCCGAACACCCUCCGGAACAUUCCCUGUUUCCGCCAUAAGCUACUCCGAUCCUUAUAUCCUCAUUUCCAACCCCGACAUGUGGAACUGCCAAGACGGUCCAAACUUUCGCCCCACCCGACCCUUCACCCUCGACCCGGAAACCCACCUCACGGUUUCCCCUUUAAACGACUACCUCUUCUUCAACUGCAGCGAGGAGGAGGUAAUGAUUGCGCCAAAGCCGGUUUUUUGCGGCCGGUUUCCGGACCGGUGCGAUGCGUCGUGUGACAGUGCGAGUUAUUUAUGCACGCACGUGCCACAGUGUGCGACAGCGCUGGAAGGAAGUUCCUGCUGCUCUUAUCAUCCCAAGGCCAUGGAUUCUUUGAAGCUGAUGCUCAAGUACUGCGCUACCUACACGAGUGUGUAUUGGAGGAGCAUUGGAGGAGUGAAUGAGGCUUAUGAUCAAGUGGCUGAAUAUGGGAUUCGAAUUGAUUUUGAUAUUGUUGUCACUACUUCUUGUCUCCGUUGCCAGGAUGUUUUGAAGGGCGGCGGGUCCUGUGGAUUUGACGUUCAAUCUCUUGGCUUCUUGUGCAUUUGUAAUGACAAGAAUGUCACUACUUACUGUGAAGAUCCAAGCAUGGCAAGUGGUAGCCAUAGGCACCGGGUGAUUGCAGGGGCAGUGAGUGCAGUAUCAGCAGCAGGGGCGCUGGGAGUGGCAGCAGCUAUCUUGUUGUUGAAGAAACUGAAGGCCAAAGCACCCGUCACCUGCGGUGUUCAAACCAAUGAGAAUAGGCUUUUUUGAUGACAGAAAACACACCCAUAUAUUCCCUUUCACUUUCUCUUUUGUCUUUGCCUUUUCUUCCUCUCCUAUUCAAUGUGUUCUUCUUUUUCUGCUAAUUUUUGCUGCUAAUUUUAAGCUUCCUACUGACAUUUCCACCA